GUGUGCUUUCCUACUGCAUCGAGCCAGUAUAUGUAGUUGUUGUUCUAAGAGAGAAAGAUGGCGCAAUUCGGUAUCUAUUUGGUGCUGCUAGCAAUCUCGCUGUAUUCGGCGGGAACUCAUGCAGGAUUUAUGGACUGGUUCCGCAGUAAGGACAAUAAAGGACACAGUGUUUGCAAGGUGGAUUUUGAAGUGUUGGACCCGCAAGGACUUAGAUUGUGGACUGCGCACAAACAGGAGAUGAAGACGUUUGGUGUGGAAGUGUACAUCAAUCCGAGUGGCAGAAGUAACGAACCACCGGUGUGUAGUCUUUGUCAGUAUACGACCUCAGUUGUUCAUGGUAAAUUCUUCAUACAAGAUGAUAACGUGAUCGUGAAAAAGGGUGAUGUUUUGGAAUAUAUUGCUAUUACUGAUAAUGGAAAGACGACUCAGAGGCAUAAGCCGAGGAAGAUUGUGGUUAAUGACUACAUCAUCAAACCAAAAGGACGUUGUGCCUGCCCAGCUCCCGUCGAACCUUCAACCGUCCACGAAUUGAACUCCACCGCCGAGAUUGAACUACUAGAACGGGUCAUCACCAACCUUUCGAAUCGCUGUGCCGAGGGACUUGUUUCGAACUUCCUCUUCCUGCAAGUUGAUAACGCGGUGGGACCGGAUAACCUCCUAGAGCGAGUGAAAACAUACUUCUCGGCAAAUCCGACGCUCGAACCCUACGUUGGUUCAAUUACAUCCGCCGAAGACUAUUCGGAUGGGAUUGCCUUUCAGGUGAAAUCGAUUGUCGACAAACUGAAGAUACUGGAGCUGACGCAUACCGGUAACGAUAUCCUCGACUACGACCAGACCAACGUAAUUGGAAAUAUUGACAUCAGAAUAUCGGAUAGACCGUGAAAACGCAGAAGCGCUUCUAAUGUUUCAUGUUCUUGUGCUUGUG